AUGGCAAAGGACAAGAAAAAGGACAAGGCGGCAUUAAAGGCGAAAAAGGCGGAAAAGGCCGUGAAAAAGGCCAGCAAGUCGGAAAAGAAAAAGUCGGCCAAGACCAAAGACGACUCGGACGUCGAAGAGGAUGCCGACCUCGAUGCCAUUCUGGCCGAAUAUCAGAAACAACAAGAGCAAUUCUUGAAGGUCACUGAGACUCCUACCGAUCCUCCUUCACCCCGAUCCUCUGCCACGCUGGUCGCCUCGCCGGCCAACAACAGCGAGUUGUUCCUGUUCGGUGGCGAGUACUACAAUGGAGCUCUCGCCCAUUUCUUCAAUGAUCUAUACGUCUACAAGAUCAACCAGGACUCCUGGCGCAAAGUGACAUCUCCCAACACACCACUGCCUCGCUCGGGACAUGCGAUGUGUCCAGGAGGAAACAGUGGCGGCAUCUAUCUGUUUGGCGGAGAAUUCUCGUCUCCCAAGCAGGGCACAUUCUACCACUACAAUGACUUCUGGAGACUGGAACCGAGCACGCGAGAAUGGACGAAAUUGGAAGGCAAAGGAGGGCCGCCUGCUCGAAGUGGUCACCGCAUGACCUAUUUCAAGAAUUAUAUUGUCUUGUUUGGCGGCUUCCAAGACACCAGCCAGCAGACCAAGUAUCUGCAGGACAUAUGGCUGUAUGAUACACAGCAGUUCAUGUGGCAUCAGCCCGCGUUACCUCCUGCUUCAGGUAAGCCGGAUGCUCGAUCGUCUUUUUCUCUCCUUCCGCACGACAAGGGCGCGGUGAUUUAUGGGGGUUAUGCUCGCAUCAAGGCAUCGGCUGCGGUGAAGUCCAAGGGCAACAAACCUGGUUCUUCACGAGUCAUCCUGAAGCCUAUGGUGUAUCAAGACACCUGGUUCUUACAAAUCACACCUCCUGCGGGUGCGACGAUGGCGCAUCACAAAGGCAGAGGUGUCGUGUUUGGUGGAGUGCAUGAUGUCGAGGAGAGUGAAGAAGGCAUGGACAGCGAAUUCUUCAACCUGCUUCAUGCAUACAACAUCGAUCGUAACAGAUUCUUCCAGCUCGGUCUCAGGCGGCCACGCGCGCCAGGCAAGAAGGCAGUCGCAAACGCUGAUCGUGCCAGGCGCGGAAGAGGCAAGGCCGACGAGGAAGAGCUGCUGCGCAAUCUGGCUCUAAUCGAGGGCAAAGGGAAAUUUGAUGGCGACAAUGAGGUAACAGGCGAUCCUGAUCACGGCGAUAGUGACGAUGAAGAGACGACGAAGAUUGAGAAGCCCACUAUGUGGGAAAUGCCUCACCCUCGCUUCAACGCACAACUUGCAGUCCAAGAGGACACCCUAUACAUCUUCGGCGGAACGUACGAAAAAGGCGACAGAGAAUUCACUUUUGACGAAAUGUGGGCCAUCGACCUCGGCAAACUCGACGGUGUAAAAGAAGUCUUUAAGCGCGAGCUCGACGACUGGCAAGGAAGCGAAGAUGAAGAAAGCGACGACGAGGACGACGACGAAGAAGAAGAAGGCUCCGACGAUGAAUCCGGUUCAGACGCCGACCCCAGCACCCCAUCCACAUCCAUCGCCGCCGGCCCCGAAGAAGAAGAAUCUCCCACGCAACCCGAUCCCGACGACCUCGAAGAAAAAGACACUUCUCACACCUCCUCAAACAACAGUAGUAGUGAUAAUCCCCUCCUACCUAUGCCCCGACCCUUCGAGACCCUCCGAGAAUUCUUCUCGCGCACCUCUCACGAGUGGCAAGAAAUCGAACUCGAAGCAAUGAAGUACAUGCGCAAUGUCGAAAAUCGCUCCGUCAAGGAAAUUCGACAAAAAGCUUUUGUGCGCGCUGAACAGAAAUGGUGGGAUGUUCGUGAGGAAAUUCAGAUUUUGGAGGAUGAGCAGGAGGCGGCGGGGAUUAGUGAGGUGGUGAGUUUGGCUGAGAGAGGGGGUGAGGGGGGUGGUGCUGGGGGCGCUGGUGGGGGUGGGCAUAAGAGGAGAUGA